CUCUGGAUUGAUUCGAUACCGAAACUAGCCCUGCUGUGGAGUUGUGUCGUGCUAUGCAUGGUGAACGAGCAGGUAAACAAACGCACGUCCCUAGUGCUGUCGUUUGGGAGCACCUUCAAAGCUUCUGCUGAUUUUAGUUGUGCCCAUCAAGAUCUAGCCUUCUUCUGCAUCGUUGACAACAUUUAGCCGCAAGUGCUGAUUGUUGCUGGUUGGCUUAGUCCAGGAUCUGGCCUCACAAAUGCGAUGAGCCUAGCUGAAAGCAUCGCGGCCAAAACGGCAUGCCACAGCCCUUCCAAGGUCGUCGGUCAGGUCGAGGUUGGCGCGCAGUGCAGCUUGCCUCUGGCUGACAAGUUUGUCGGAUGCUCGUUCAAACCAGGGAGCGAGUCUAGGAGCAUGCAGACUACGGAGACUGUGGAUGAGUUAAGCUCCACCUCAGCAUCAAGGUCUUCUAUUUCGUCAGCUGCCAAGUGUGACAACUCAGAGCAAGGAUGCCUUCAUCGAUGUCACCUAGGUGACUAUGAGGCUGAUGAACUGUGUCAUCUGGAAGCACAUGCCAGCAUCCAUAGUGGCGAGAAGUCAUUUCAGUGCCCUUCAUGCCAUAGGAGCUUGUCAAACAGAUACAGCUUAAACGUUCACCUGCGCAUCCACACAGGCGAGAAGCCAUUUGAGUGCCCUUUAUGCCCUCAGAGCUUCACACAAAAGUGCCACCUCAAAGACCACCUGCGCACCCACACAGGCGAGAGGCCAUUUGAGUGCCCUUCAUGCUCUCAGAGCUUCUCACAACAGGCCCACCUAAAAGCCCACCUGCGCUCCCACACAGGUGAGAAGCCAUAUCAGUGCCCCUCAUGCUCUCAGAGCUUCACAUACAAGGCUAAUCUGAAAGUUCACCUGCGCACCCACACAGGUGAGAGGCCAUAUCAGUGCCUUUCAUGCUCUCGGGGCUUCAAAAACAGAUACGUCUUAAAGUGCCAUCUGCGCACACACACAGGUGAGAAGCCAUUUGAGUGCACUUCAUGCUCUCAGAGCUUCUCACAACAGGCCCACCUGAAAGCCCAUUUGCGCACCCACACGGGUGAAAAGCCAUUUCAGUGCCCGUCAUGCUCUCAGAGUUUCUCACAACAGGCCCACCUGAAAGCCCACCUACGUACCCAUACAGGCGAGAAGCCGUAUCAGUGCUCUUCAUGCUCUCAGAGCUUCUCACACAAGUGUCACCUGAAAGUCCACCUGCGCACCCACACAGGUGAGAAGCCAUAUCAGUGUCCUUCAUGCUCUCAGAGCUUCUCAUACAAGGGUCACCUGAAAGUCCACCUGCGCACCCACACAGGUGAGAAGCCAUAUCAGUGCCCUUCAUGCUCUCAGAGCUUCUCACAAAAUGGCCACCUUAAGAGACACAUGAGGCGAGAAGCUAUUUCAAUGCCCGUUAUGCCUUCAGAGAUUCUUGUUGAAGAUUGCCCUGAAGACACACUAGCGCAUUCAUGCAGGUGACCGGCCACAUAGUUGUGUCUGCUCCUGGUCCUUUACACUGUCUCAUCACUUAAGCAGACAUAAGAGAUCACAGCGCUAUGAUACUGUAGGGUAGGUCAACAACCAUGUUGAACAGUAGCCCGAAAUAUAAGUGUAUAUAAAAUGAAAUGUAAAUAAAUAUAUUGUGAGCAUUAUAUUACCCCUUCAUCUUCUUCAUCUGUAUAUAUUCAUCAUCAUGGCCAGCGUCGUCUUCUUCAGUGCGUGAGCUGCAAAAUAUACCGUUGGGGCUUAACAGCUGUCUCGCAAAUGGUGGAGGUGCGGGGUAUCGAUCCCCAUACCUCUCGCAGAGCAACGUUCUGAGCGAACCUUGGAAGCGCCAAAAAUCUGCCGAAUCUGGUGUUUAAGUGCCGCCCAGUCAGGCAAGGUGCUCUCGCGGUUGAGAAACCAAGUCCUGGCAACGUCAGUAAGAUAGAAUGCGACUUUGCAAAGCUUGUGCAUGUUAUCUCACCGGUUAGACUCACUCACGCAGUCAUAAUUGUCCAGCCAGUCAUCAACGUCGUCACUACAAAGGCCAGCAAACAUGAUGGGGCCGCGCUGCCGCAUGCUGAUGGUCCAUGAAGGAACGGCCGGUGGGGCAGAGACGGUAACGCCGGAGGCUCCUGGAGGAUCUUCUUGGGGCAUGCUGGCGGAAAGGUGAAGCAAGCGGCGGCCUGAACGAAGCUCCAGGGAAACUCGAAGGCGCAGAGGACCAAGGGAUCGAAAGCAGCCUCCACCACUUGCGAGACAGCUGUUAAGCCUCAACGGUUUAUUUCGCAGUUCGCGCGCUGAAGAAGAUGAAGGGGUAAUAUAAUGCUCACAAUAUAUCUACAAAUGUGUAGCAUGUUGCAUGGUGUUCUACUGCAUCAGGUAGCACACGUGUCUCCAUGUGCUCAUAAGAGGAAAGUUUAGCUCAGGCCCAACUCUGAUGCUGCCUAUUCAAAUAGUAAAAUGCAGCAACACUUUUCUGAGAUAACCACUGGGCCAAUUAUUAUGAAAUGUGUUGCUUUUGAAACUAAAAGUUAAAUUCUAGUGACUGGUAAAAAUAGAAUUUUAAGGCCUUCAUGUUAUAACAGGAAUUUAAAAGAUUUGAAAAAAAUUGAAACAAGAAGUUUAUAAAUUCAUAGCUCUACACCUAGAAUAGAUAUACAGUAGUAGUUUUGUAAACUGCAUACGGUAGAUCAUCCAAAGCAGAGCAAUUUGAUGUAUCAAUUUAUAUCUUUUGUCAACUUGCUACAUUGUUUAUCAGGUUUUUGCAAAGUCCUACUCACAUAUUAGUGCUAUAUUUGAAAGCCUUAUUUAAUAUACCAGUUUUGUCCGCUUUAGAUGUCCUAUUCGAUGCAUUUUACAGAAUUGUUAUAUCAUCUUUCAUUGCUGAGUUAGAGUUGUAAACUUAAUAGUUUCGUUAUCUGGAAAUUUGUGAUUUUCAACAAUUUUUUUAAAAGAUUCAUGGCCUAAAUAAAAAAUUCACUACAAAAAUCAAAAUCAAAUCAAAUCAAAAAUUUUAUUCAUCUUCAUUUGGUACAUAGGUUUUCAUUUCCUGUCCAACCUAAGCACAGCGUGCUUGUUGAGUCGCUAGAUUCUAACUAUUUCUUUUGAAUGCAACAAACCUCAUCAAAUUUGGGGCUGUAGUUGUUGAGAACAAUUUCUUCUUUCACAUGUAUUUUGAUUGGAGCUGCCGAGCUAAUGCUUUCUCUUAAAUGGUCCCUGAAACACUUUUCUGGGGUCAUCAUAUUCGCUCAAAAUCUUUUCUCAAGAUGUUAUAGAACACAGCAAAAAGAAUUAUGAGAACUGAUCCAUAUGAAGCCGUUAUAGCUGAGAAAAAAUUGAAAAUACUGUUGAACCUCGAUAUAAUAAAGUCUGUAAAAUCAGCGAUUUGCUUUGUCAUAUUGUGCUUUCUAUUUUUCCAAAAGUAUUCAACAUUUGUUAUAACCUCAGAAACUGCUGUUUGCAUGCCCCUACAGAAUAUGUAUGUUAAUUGUAAUAGUUAUAAUUACACUACAGAUGUCUGAAUUAUCUGAUUUCUAUAAGUACUGUUUUUUUUUCGGUAUUGUCUUUUGGUACAUAUGAACUUGUUCUGUUAGACCCACUCAUGUAUUUGUUUCUUCUAGGUUCUUGUUUAAAACACGUUGGCAGGCUACAUGGUUUGAAUCCAUGAUAGAGUGUGUAAGCACGACUGAACAAGCCCAUAGAAAGAAGCAGGUACACAGAGACAGUGCUGACUAGGUUCUGGUAUACAUGGUUCAUCCUGGAGGUGCUUGAUCUUACUCUAUUCGCACCUUUUUUUACAGAUGGGUACUUUUUUAGGGCAAUUGAUUGUUCAGUAAGCAUUCCACUGUUUGUCUCAUCAGAGCAGCAAAUAAACGCCUGUGCUUAAUGAGUAUGCAUUCUCUGUUCCUGGUAUUUUAAUACU